AUGCAAGCCCCGCCCCCUCAGUUUACCUACACUCCUCUCCUGUCUCACACCCACACCACUGCGACUCGGCUCCCACAGUACUACCACGACUGGCAGCACGUCAUCGACGUCUUCAACGACAACAGCCACUCUGACGCAGUGAUGACGCAAUCCGCCGAGGCAUGGGGCGAUGCAAUCACACAGGUCACCACGGUGUCUGGUGUGGGCUGGUCCCUGUCCAUCUCAGCGCUAGUCGCCGGCCUGGCGCUGCUGCUGUUCACCCAGUCUCCCACACUAGCGCUCACAGCCACGGCUCUGCUAGGGGCCGUGGUGCUGGUAGUACUGGGCCUGGCCUGGUGCUUUGGCUGGGAAGUGGGUAUGGUUGAGGCACUCACCCUCACCAUGCUGAUGGGUCUGGCCGUAGACUACUUCAUACACCUGAGCGAAGAGUACAUUGAAAACUCACGGGACAACGCCCCCCACGACAGGUCUGCGACAGGAAAGGGUGCAUUAUUCACUUGCAAUCUCAUACCCCUUGCAUAA